CGCAAGGACACUGACCACUACUUGGUGUGUCCGGCCUAUCUCUCCAUCCUCUUUCUCUUCUCUUCAUCUCCUCUCCUCUCAAAAGCGUCCAACGCACAGAGACCUCCCUCGCCCUCCUCAUCUAGAGGGUUCCCCAGGUCGAUCCAUCCGACCUCGCUACAUCAUCUACCGAAAAAGUUUGCCCCCAUCCCCCACCCCUCGCGACUCUCGUGAUCUCGUAGGGCUCCCUGCUGGCAAACAUCCUUCUUCAAUCUCUCGACAAGGAUCUGUGGUAGAUAUCAUCAUCCUUCAAACUUCCAUCGAUUGUUGGUUCGAUCUCCCUCUCGUUCGAGCCAUUGACAUCAUCCACCGUCGCCGUUGUCGUUCCCAGGACAAUUGACGCUCUAUCUUCACGAGCGCCGCUUUGUCUAUCCCUCGCGCACGACAUCCUCCCAUCGUCAUUCCUCCUCUCGCAAACGUCGCCCACGAACAUCUCCGUUCACGAGACCAGACACGCAAAUGAGCAAGGCCUCGACCCCAAACAAGCCACUAGCCCAGUCCCCCGCUCCCAACGCGUCUGCCUGGUCCCGCGGUCCCCCUGCCGCGGCGUCCAACCCUUCUUCCAACGUGAAUUCCACUGCUUCAACUCCUCCUCCGCCGCCCAACGGAGCGAGCGCCAAUGAGCCCACCGGCUCCAUCCCCGUUGCGAUUGGCGGUGGCAACACGAGGAAGGGCAGCCUUAUGGUCGGUGGCAACGGUGAUGUGAUGCCUCGUGGCAACCUCGCCUUUGGCACCGUUGACUCGCCCAACCCGCUGCUUUCGUCCUCGCCAGCUGCUCCGUCCACCACUGGUGGCCACCUCGCUGACGCGGUCAAGUCGUUUGGAUCUCUGGAUGCUGAGACGACUGCUGCGGGCGCGUCUAUGAUUCGUCCCCCGCGUCGCACCAGCGGUGGCAACCCGGCUACGCCGACGCAGAAGAAGCAGUUGGACCCCCACAACAUCCACUCGUUCUUUGUCGGCAAACCCCAGCAUAGCUCCAACCCGGGCACGCCCCUGUCGCCCUCGCAAGUACCUGCCAGCGGUCCACAGGACCGCCGCCAGUCGGGCGGAUCGUUCCCGGGCCCCAACGGCAUGCCGCCUUACCAGCAGAUGCCUGGCAUGCCCAAUCAGCCCCACUUGCGUUCGAUGCCUGGCAUGCCCGGGGGCCAGCGCUCGCCUGUUAUGGGCGGCGCUCCUCAACCUCAGUAUGCUUCCCAGCAGGUUGGGCAGCCUGGCUAUCGUCCAUCGCAGCCUCAGAUGGCUGGGAACCCCGCCGUCCGCCCCAAUGGUCCUAUGAUGGGCCGUCCUCCUAUGGGCCAGGUCCCGUACGGUCUGCCUCCUGGCACUUCAGGAUACAUGAUGUACGGCCAGCCCGGCGGUGGCUACUACGUAGGUCGCCCGUACGGGGCGGGGGACUCAUCCCAGUAUAACCCUUAUGGCAGUGAGGGUUACGGCUGGCAGGGAGCUCCUCAGCAUGCGCCCAAUAUGCCAUUGUCGCCCCGCCAGGGGCAGGCGCAGCUUGCCUCACCUGUCCCUCCUAGCGCCACUCUGCCUCCCAGUGGCGGUGGGAGCCCCCUCCCUACGCCUCCGAGUCGGCCUCAGAGCCUCGUUGGCGGUCACCAGUCUGGCUCACCCAUGCCGAGUACUCCUUCUCGUCCUCUGCAGCCAUCCGCUCCUUUUACCCCGUCCACUCCUAGCUCAGCGAGUGCCCAAGCCUCCGCUGCACUGUCGGCUGGUGCGGCAACAUUUACGCCGCGCGCACCAAAAUCUACCAUCAAGAUCUCACGCCCUGAUGGCACCACCGUCAAUCUUGCGGAGGAGGCUGCUGCUGCCAAGGGACCCACCCCUUCGACAACUAGCGGUGUCGCUACGCCCGAGCAAAGUACUGAGGAAGCGCCCAAGCCACAGAAGAAGGUCCCAGGUCUCCCCGUUGUUGUUCGCCUCGAGUCGGAGGAGCAAAAGCGCCAGCGUCUCGAGGAGGAGGCCCGCAUUGCCAAGAUGAAGGAGCAGGAGAAGCGCGAAGAGGCCGAGCGGAAGGAGCGCCAGGAGCGUCGCGCAAAGGAGGAAGCCGAGUCUAAGGCUAAGGCUGAGGCUGAGAAGGCCGAGGCCAAGUCAAAGGCCGACGAGGAGACGAAGGCCAGAAUCCAGGCCGAGGUCGCAAAGGCCAAAGAAGCAGCCGAGGCAAAGGCUAAGGAAGAGGCCGAGGCGACGACAAAGGAGAUGAUUGAGGCUGCUGAGGCUACUAAAGCCGAGCGCUCCGCAACCCCCAAGUCUACUGACGUCGCUGAGGAGCCGGCCACCACCGCGACACCUGUCAACGAGAAGCAGGACGAACUGCGCCGCUCGGUCCUUACACCGACGACGCAGUCAGCUGCGCCCUCGCCGCUGGCAUCCCCAGCUCUUGCGGCUGCCGGAUUGCCGGCAAAGCCGGUCGCGGCCAUCGGUGGCACUACGCCUCGGCGCCCCACUUCGUCGCUUGAUUCCAAGCCAGCUGCGUCCACGACGAAGACUCCUUCAUCAGGCCCGUCGGCCCUCUCGACGGCCAAGGCUAUUGACGAUCUCGGUGCAAUCACUUACCCUUCCUCUGUCAAGCCACAGAGCGCUGAGCUCAACGCGAACGGCGACCCCGGCAAGUUCCGCUACGAGCGCGAUUUCUUGAUGCAGUUCCAGACCAUCUGCAAGGAUAAACCGGACUCCCUUCCCCCAUUGGAGGAGAUUGGGCUCGAGGCCGACUCGUCCAGCGGCUUUGGCUCGACUCGUCGUGCGGCCCGCCCAUCCACCGGUCGUUCAAUGACCACUCUCGCUUCGAGCCGCGGCUUCCAGAUGGGGUCAUUCGCCACAAGCAACAACAAUUACCGUACCCCGGACGAUCGCUACCCUCGUGGCGCUAUGCAGGGCAGCGGAGGUCGUCCGAGCCGUACUGCCAGCCAGGGCAACAACCUCCCUCCCAUGUCCGGCCUUCCUCACUUGACCCACUCGUCAUCGGGUCGUGGCCGCCUGCGUGAAAGCAACCGUGGCCGCCCGCGGGCUGCCCAUGACUCCCGCCACCCUGCAAACGACCCUGAUGUUACCCCCCUCGUCGUGUCGGAGAACGCUUGGGUCAACGCUCGUUCGGCGGGCUCUGACGAUAAGUCACCUGCCUUCAUCGAGCGCAAGGUGAAGGCUCUCCUCAACAAGCUCACCGAGGAAAAGUUCGAAUCUAUCUCGGAGCAGAUUCUUGAGUGGGCGAACAAAUCGCGUGAUGAAACGGACGGCAUGACGCUGAAGCUUGUCAUCAAGCUCGUUUUCGAGAAGUCGACUGAUGAGGCGCACUGGUCGGCCAUGUAUGCGAAGCUGUGCCGCAAGCUUCUCGACAAGCUCGACCCAUCCGUCACCGAGGUUAUCGACGGCAAGCCGUAUACAGGUGGUAGUCUCUUCCGCAAGUACCUCCUGGGCCGUUGUCAGUCCGACUUUGAGUCGGGCUGGAAGGCCCGCGAGGAAGCCGCCCUUGCCGCCGUCGCCAAGAGUGACGAGGACAAGGAACGUCUCGCCAAGGCUGAGGAGACAAAGGAGGAUGGCGCAAGUGAGGCCCCGAUGAUGAGCGAGGAAUAUUAUGCUCUGCAGAAGGCCAAACGUCGUGGCCUCGGUCUCGUCCAGCUCAUCGGUGAGCUGUACAAGCUGGACAUGCUCUCCAAGGGUGUUAUCCGGGAAUGCCUGAUCCGACUCCUUAGCAAUGUCGACAAUCCCGACGAAGAGGACCUCGAGUCCACUUGCAAGCUGCUCACCACCGUCGGGAAGCAGUUCGAGGCCGUCGCCCCGCCUUCGAUGGACGUCGUGUUCGAACGCCUCGAGAUUCUCACGAAGCUCGACUCUCUUUCAUCUCGUAUCCGUUUCAUGAUUAUGGACAUUGUGGACCUCCGCAAGAACAAAUGGCGCUCUCGCAAGGAAGUUGUUCCCACCACCAUCGCACAGAUUCACCAGCAGGCCGCCCGUGAGAAUGCGGAGAAGGCCCAGGCUGCGCAGCAGGUGCGCGAGUCCAUGUCGCGGGGAGGGUCGCGCUCAGGCCACAGUCGCCGCGAAGGCCCGGGCCCGCAGCCAGGCGAGUGGCAGUCUGUUUCGGCUACUUCGCGGCCGAUGCAGCAGCGCCCUGUUGACUUUUCCAAUAUCGGUCGGGGCGUGAGCAGCAACCUCUCCAGUGGCCCCACUUUCGGGCCCUCAAGUGUCUUUGCUCGCGGCAAGAAGGGCGGUGCUGGCAACACGCCUCCUCUCUCGCGUCAAAACUCAUCCGCCAAUAUGUUUGCAAUGCUUAACGAAGCGGAUCCAACGGCAGCAGAGCAUGCUGAACCUGCUCCCCAGCGCAAGAAGUUACAGCUGAAGCCGCGAACCAAGCCAAUUCCUGGCGAGGGUGAAAGCGAUGGCGAGGGCGAGCAGAGCGGCGAGGAGGAGGGGCCUGAGGAUGAGACUGUCGAGGUCAAGCCGGCCAUGAGUGAGGAGGACGCCAAGACCAAAAUCGCUACCGAUCUCAAGGAGCUCUGGGGCGAGAAAGACGUUGGCGGGACACGAAGCGUUGAAGACAUCGUCGAGUACUACCGUGCACUCCCAACGGAGCACCAGCACCUCCUGUCGGAGAACCUUACCGACGACGUCUUCCGCAUCGCCAAGUAUCGCGAUGCUGAGGUCGUGGCCAAGGGCUGGGCUGCGGCCCUCAAGGCGGAGGUCGUGUCCGCUGACGAUUUAUCCAAGGGCAUCGCUCAUCGGAUGGCCUCCCUUGACGACGAAGCCGUCGACUUCCCCCAGGCGUACAAGUCUAUCGCGCUCCUCAUGCGCACUAUCUCUCUCAGCCAGGAGGACAUCGAUGCUCUCUUGGAGAAGGUUGACAUCUACGGGACUCCAACCCUCACUCCUAAAAUGAAGCUGGAGAAGGCUUUUGCCCAGCUCGACGAGGAGGCAUCGGCCUAAGUGCCCACGAGCGGGCCAUGCGGAGCCCUGGACGUUGACCCCAAGCAUCCCUCCCAACAUAGCAACCAUACUCGCAUAGCGCAUUGCAUGGACGGCACAAUUUCGAGCAUCGACCUGCGUGUACCUUCUUAAUGAUUACCGUGCAACCUCCCCCUCACUACAUACCUGGUAGACUUCUCUACAUGGCUUUCGUGGCUUGUCUUUCCGCAUGUCAAACGGGGAAAUGAGUAGCAGCUCGAUCCAUGGAUAGCGCUCUGGAACCAAAACGCACGCAUGUAUAGAGUACGACGA